AUGCUGUUUACUCCCUGCUCUCUAUCCUGUCAUCUACGGAACACUGAGCUGGUGUCCGCGGGUGCCUUGGCCUUUGUUGGUGGAGUGGACACGGUGGACACUACCGAACGAGCCGGCGAUCAGCUGGUAUACCAGUCCUCCCCUUCUUCCUCUAGCAGACCUCUAGCUUCUCCAUCAUCCUACUCAAGGGUCUACGUGACGGUGAAGAGUGCGUCAAGGGACGCAAUUCAAAUUGACACGCAAAACUUAGGGAUCUCCGGUAGAGCGACGACGGGGUUCGGGCCACAGCCAGGGCACCAACCUCCGUCGUCGCUCAGCAAACCAAUACGGAAUAAUAAUUGGCGUUUUUUUAUUCUCUUUCUCCCCUUUUCACCACCCACUACCAUCUGUCUACAAGCUGUAAAAAAACAAAUCAAUCUAUCUAUCUAUCUAUCUAUCUAUCUAUCUAUCUAUCUAUCUAUCUAUCUAUCUCUCUCUCUAUAUAUAUAUAUAUAUAUACAUGAUAAAAUAUAUGUGAAAACAUUGACUUUAAUAAUAAAAUUUAUCUAUCUAUCUAUCUAUCUAUCUAUCUAUCUAUCUAUCUAUCUAUCUAUUCUUACAUUCCACUGUGUAAGUGUGUGUAUCUGA